AUGGCGACUUGGGUAUACCCACCACUACCUCCGCUGCAGUUGGAACAGGAAGCUGAUAGUGCAUUGGUACACCUCUCCCUAGAUCACAUCGAACUCCUGUUGGCUAGGGAAUUAGAAUGGCUGCUGCGCUCUCUGCAAGACUCUCUAGCUUCCGUAAGGGAAGGCCUGCAUGAAUGCGCUGCGCUACUGGCCCCCAAAGAACCAGGCUCAACAUUAGUAUUAUCCUCUUUACGGUCCGAAUGUGUGAAAGGCUUUGUGACAAGGGUCGGAACAAAAAUCGUGAAAGGCGAUAUCCAACUACGUAUUAGUUCCCUUGCUUCUGCGCGCGGCUCCCCAACAACUCGUUUAUGCUUGUCAAAUUCUGCCGACGCUCCUGAGCUCGUGUUACACCAGUUAGUUUCGGUGAGGAACUUGGUCAACCAGAGUCUCGAUGUGGUGGACGUCAGCACUUGGACGGGCGAUCCGCUUAAUGCGAGUUUCAUAUAUGGACAACUGCGUCUUCUCUAUGAAACUCUCUCCGAGGCUCGACAGAUGUUGAAGGGUGAAGGCGACCAAGUCAGGGGCAAGUGGUGGGAGACAAGUGCCCUUGAGGAUAUGUUUGACCCGCCGGUGCCGCCAAACCUUUCGUUCCACCUAUCGAUAGCUGACUCAGCCCUCGUCCUGUAUCUAAGGACGCUCGAGUCCAGUACCCCCACGCAUACUCCCACUGCUUUUGCUACCGAUAUCUCUUUGACCGGGUUCAAUAUACGAGACCGUUUGUUCGGAACUCGACAUCGUCCACAUGAUGAAGUCGGAGAUGUUUUCACUUGGAAGGGCGAUGAGGUCAAAGUAAGAGAGAAGAUCCGCGUGGAAAGUCAGGACCCCAGCCUGAUGGCAGUCAUGGCUAAAUUGACUGCUCUGCAACACGAAGUAAUGAAAUGGAUUACAGCACUGAAAGUGCUCAUGGGCAAUGAGGAUACAGAUAGCGAAGAAAUUGUGGAAGCGUUGAGGAUGCUGUCACGAUCUCCGGCAUCAAGGGCGAGCCGGUCUUGCUCUCACAGCCUUCUACGCACGAUCGCAUCCAAGUCGUCGCAAAUCUGUUCGCAACAGCUCCGCGGCGGAGCUGCCAGCCUCAUAGCUCAGCGAUACAAAUGCACAAACGCGCGAUACCAGUUCUCCCUUAAUUCACCUAUCGGAUUCCCUCGCAAAACCGCUACCGGAUAUGCAAGCAGUGGAUUGAAGCACGAACGGCGAUAUACGUCUACGGUGCCAUCUGCUGAUGCCGAUGUCAAUACGGAACGGAAGGACGCUAUCUACGACGUGAUUGAUAAGAUUGAACAGAAUGAGUUGGAGUUGGCCGAACUCAUGGAGGAGCUAGACCUGUUGGAUGAUUAUCACAAGGCUCUCAAUUUGGAUGGCCCGGAGUUUGAUCAUGCGUUUAGCCAGACGAUCGGCCAUCGGGAUCAAGAGCAUCUGGAAGGGCGCGUCCAGACGGCAAGGCAGGUAUUCGGAGAUACUCUACCGGAUGGGUUCUUAAACGACACUGAGCUUCAUUUAUAUACUCAAUUGUAUGGCGAGCCGAUAGUGCGCGAGGAGCAGCUGGGGGUCGAGCCAGAGGAAGACGAGAGGGACCCGGAUAUUUUAUACCGUGAGGAUGGCGAGGGAGGAUGGGAAGAAGUCAAUCUUGAGCAGAUUGAGUCCGAUGCCGAACCACCCCUUGUAUAUGAUAUGGAAGUUGGUCCAGUUGAGGAUGAAACUCUCGCCAUGCAACGGACAAGGGAAGUGGCGGAACAGCUGGGCGGAGAAAUUAUGCUGGAGCAGUUUGAAGACGAGGCAAACCCCGACGACACGCCUCGACUUCAUCCCUUGACUGUUGAGGGGAAGUUCUCUACUGACCCUAGUACGGUAUUUCUGCCCAAGGAUACAUUAACUGGUCCAAUUUCCAUCAUCCUGGGCGACUACUCCAAUAAGCAUAUCGCGGAUGUUGCCCAUCGCACCUUUGGGGGUACUCGUCUCCCUUAUUCUACUACAACUCCUCCACCGCGCGCGCAGAUACCUCAGCGUCCUAUUCCACUAGAAGCUUCCCAUCGUCAUAUGUCGGAGAUGGAGGCGAAUGCAUACAUUGCGGCUCUUUACCCCGGAAUGUAUACGUCUGUAUUGAGCGUUCUGGUAGAGGUUCGAAAGCGAUUGGGCACGGACUGGAUGCGCGAGCUCAUUUCAAAAGAAGGGGGUCCCCAUAUUCUUGAUGCCAGUGCUGGUGGUGCAGGUGUCCUAGCAUGGAGAGACGUUAUUCGCGCAGAGUAUGAGCUCAUGGUCCCAGACCACCCGAAGACAAGUCCAAUUCCCGUAGGCAAAUCGACUGUGGUCACUGGUUCUGAAGCUCUUCAAAUGCGGGCAAGUUUGAUGUUGGAAAAUACUUCAUUCCUACCUCGCCUGCCCGACUAUGUUCACAUUCGCGAGAAACCUACCCUAGAUGAUGAGAGGCCUGCCCCAAAGCGAAAGCAAUACGAUAUUAUCGUGGCCCCCCACAGCUUGCUCAACAUUGAAGAAGAGUUCCUACGCAAAGAGCAUGUGGAGAAUCUAUGGAAUCUUCUUAACCCCAAUGGAGGUGUCCUAAUCCUACUUGAGAAGGGACACCAGAGGGGAUUCGAGGCAAUCGCCGGAGCCCGUGAGAUGCUUCUCAAGCGCCUUAUCUCGAGUCCUGACUCUACAGAGUACACCAACUUCACCGAAUCGCCGGUUGACGACUCGCCCAUAAAGAAGGAACCCGGAAUGAUUGUAGCGCCUUGUACUAACCAUGAGAAGUGUCCCAUGUUUAACACUCCUGGCCAUUCUAAGGGCCGCAAAGAUUAUUGUCAUUUCCAACAAAGGUAUAUCAGACCGCAAUUCCUCCAGCGUAUUUUGGGAGCCAAAGAUCGGAACCACGAAGAUGUGAAGUUCAGUUAUAUCGCUGUUCAACGCGGUGUGGACAUGCGUGAGGUGAAAGGAAUCGUACAAGGAGCCGAAGCCGCAGAGGCGGCAUUCGCUGGAUAUGAGGAUUUACAUGACCCAGCUACCGAAGAGCCGGGAGCAUCAGAUGAGGCUACUGCGUCCCAGCCUGAGGUAGGCGAACAAGCCAAGACCGAGCACUUCCAUACCUUGUCUCUUCCUCGUAUUGUGUACCCCCCGAUGAAACGUCGUGGGCACGUCAUCUUCGAUUUCUGCACGCCCGCUGGAAAGAUUGAGCGCUGGACCGUUCCCCGUUCCUACAGUCGUCGGGCAUACAAGGAUGCCCGUAAAGCAAACUGGGGAGACCUGUGGGCUCUCGGCGCGAAGACCCGUAUUUCAAGAAGCCUAAGACUUGGUGAUAAGCAUGGGGAAGGCAAGAAAGAACGGUUGGCCAGGCGGGCAGCCCUGAAAGCUGAACUAGCGGAGGAGGGUGAACUUGAGCAGCAAUCCGAGAGUUCUGAGUGGCCUGAGCUGCCAAUUCCGGCACGAAAGAAGGGCCAAACAAUCCCUAGCUGGAAGAAGCAUGCAGACAAGAAGAAGAUGAGACAAGCGACAAAGAAGCAUGCCGCUGCAAAAGUAGCGCAGGAUGAAUCCUUCAUUUAA